UGAUAAGAUAAAGGAAAAGGAAUAGAUGCCGUAAUUAUGGUGGUGCUCUCUCUCUACCGCGGGAACCUCCACCGUGUUCCCGACGUCCCCCGGCGAUGGCCUAUGCCGCCGCCGGCCAUCUCUCUCCACCACUUCAAGCUCCUCAUAGGCAAGCGAUCACUCGCACUCUCUCGCCUCGCGGCUGCCGAGGUCACGACGCUGGCCGGAACCCUAGACGCGAAGGUGGAAGGGAAGGGAAAGCAAGAACCCACGAGCGACAAUGUAAGCGCCAAACCCGACUCCCUGAAGGCUGAGACUGGUUCCAAUCUCAAUUCCCAGACGCCGGAUUCCGGGCAAAGGAAAGGGGGAGACAUGGAGGAGGGCAAGCGGUUGCAAGAAUCCGAGGGGACCAGCGCUCCAGCCUCAAAUCUUCCGGUCAGUACCGCUGCCACGUUUCGUGGUUCGGCGGUCGGUGGAAGGGGGACUGCUGGUGCGAAGUUGGAGGUAAGCAACAAACUGAACAAUGCUGGUGACAAAGGGGAAAGGAAAAGAGAGUUGGAGAAGAAGUUGCAAGUCUUGAAUGAGAAGAAACACCAUCUUGUGCAAAUGCUGAAGCAGAUUUUAAAUGCAGAAGAAGAAAUAAAACGACGUAGCAUGCAGCCAUCUGUUAUGCUUGCUUCUAUUCCCCUUCAAGCAGAAACUGCUGUUGACAUGGGUUCUGUUACCAGACAAGCUCCCAAGAUUAGUGUAGAUGUAAAUUUCAAUUGUGAUUUAGGUGGGGAAUCAGAUCUUGUGGGUAAUCACAUUACUCAUGCACGGCAAUUGCAUCACUUGCAAAGUACAUCUCCAUUGGCAGCAUCAUUUUCCAGAACUCCAUUUGGCUCUCUACAACAUAACACAGUCCAAACCCCUCGAUCAAGUUUGGCAGCUGUCGGCCUCGGGCAGACGGCAUCUAAUGCAUUGAUGGGUGCUGCCAUGGCUAGUCCUUCCCGCUUUGCUCCUGCUAGUCACCAGGGUCAUGCUCCGAGUAUGCCAUCUAUCUCAUUACCUGGCACCAAUUAUGUGGCAUCUUCACCAUCACCAGCAACAUCUGGAGGUGCGUCCUCCGUCUUCAGAGAUUCUCGCCUCACCCACCCAUGAAAAAAAUAUGACGUCCGUUAUGCGGAUGGUCAGCCAGAUCAUUUAUUAUAUACAGUUUCCAAGCAACCAUCGUGAAGCCUGGUCCUGGUUUUAGGAGUUGUCGUUACCGUCUUUGCCCGUUUUAGAAGUCCUAUUGGCACCAAGGACUUCUGUAUUUUGAACUUAGAUUGAAAUUACUGAGAUGCAAAUAGCACUAAUGGGUUUUCCUUUCUAUGAUUAUGCUGUUCUCGUCCCCCAAAAUUUUAAUUCAUUAUUUGUUGUGGCUUGUUUUCCA